AUGCAGGUUCUCCCGAAAAAAAUACAGGCGUUUCUUAAAAAAAACGCGCCCGAGACUGGACGUGCAACGAGGAGGACGACGAGCCACAAUUCCCACACGGCAGCCGGCCACCAAGCAAAAAUAUCCUCUGAAAACCAAGCGAACCUGCAGUUGCAGCCGAGCAAUCACAGAGCGUCGUCGACCACCAUCGAGCCGUACUCCAUGGCUGCCGUGACCACCGCCUCCCUCUGCCCCGGCCUCGGCAAGCCCCGCCAAGGCCACGCGAAGCCGCCGAGAACGACGGUCUGCCAUUGCCUCCCUGCUCGGAGGGCGGAGGAGGGGGUGAAUCGGCGGGACGCCCUGCUCGGCGUCCUCCUCUCCGCCACCGCCGCGUCGUCGGCGCCGCUGCUCGUCCCCGCCGAGGCCUUCGCCGAGACCGCCGAGGCGCAGGAGGGGUUCACCGCGUACGAGGACGAGGCCAACAAGUUCACCCUCGUGAUUCCACAAGGCUGGCAGGUCGGUGCAGGUGAACGCAGCGGCUUCAAGAACGUGACGGCGUUCUUCCCCGAGCAAAACCCCAACUCCAGCGUCAGCGUCGUGAUCACCGGGAUCGGGCCGGACUUCACCAGCCUCAAGUCCUUCGGUAGCGUCGACGAGUUCGCCGAGAACUUGGUGACCGGCCUGGACAGGAGCUGGCAGAGGCCGGCGGGGCUCGCCGCGAAGCUCAUCGACUCCAAGGCAUCAAACGGCCUGUACUACAUCGAGUACACGCUGCAGAACCCCGGCGAGAAGCGCCGCCACAUCGUCUCCGCCAUCGGGAUGGCCUUCAACGGCUGGUACAACCGGCUGUACACGGUGACAGGGCAGUACAUCGACGACGAAGAGGAGUCAGCCAUAUACAAGCCUGAGAUAGAGAAGUCUGUCAAGUCGUUCAAGUUCACAUGAAAUGCCUCCAAAAAGGAAGUUCAGGUGAGAACAAGUAUAGAGUGACAGAGAAGAGAGAGUAUACAGAGCUAGUAGCUCCUGAUGUUAAGUUCAAUUAGUGAGUAUGUAUAUGUAUGUCGAAUUUUACGAGAAAGAAAAGAUGAACACCAAAUGUUCGAAGACUUCUGUGGCGGAGCUUGGCUGAGGACAGCAUUGGCAGCAUGAGUGUGAGAUAGAGCAUGAGAGUGUCGUUGGUUCAAACAAAAUUGCUAGAACUCGGUUAUGUAAACUUCCUAGCACCUAUUUUUGGGCCCACAUGUCAGAUUUGUUUUUUCAUCAUC